CGGCCCGGGGCCGGGUGCUGGGAGCCCCGCGGGCCGCGAACGCAGCCGGCGCGCUGGGGCCACAGAGACUGAGUGCGCGGAAUGAGCCUCACCCGGAAAAAGGGCUUCUACAAGCAGGACGUCAACAAGAUCGCCUGGGAGCUGCCCAAGACCUACUUGUCCCCAACGCACGUCGGCAGCGGGGCUUAUGGCGCGGUGUGCUCCGCCAUCGACAAGCGGUCAGGGGAGAAGGUGGCCAUCAAGAAGCUGAGCCGGCCCUUCCAGUCUGAGAUUUUUGCCAAGCGGGCCUAUCGAGAGCUGCUGCUGCUGAAGCACAUGCAGCACGAGAACGUCAUCGGGCUCCUGGAUGUCUUCACCUCAGCCACCUCCCUGCGCAGCUUCCAUGACUUCUACCUGGUGAUGCCUUUCAUGCAGACGGACCUGCAGAAGAUCAUGGGCAUGGAGUUCAGUGAGGACAAGAUCCAGUACCUGGUGUAUCAGAUGCUCAAGGGUCUUAAGUACAUCCACUCCGCUGGGGUCAUCCACAGGGACCUGAAGCCGGGCAACCUCGCUGUGAACGAGGACUGUGAGCUGAAGAUCUUGGAUUUCGGGCUGGCGCGGCACGCAGAUGCCGAGAUGACUGGCUACGUGGUAACCCGCUGGUACCGGGCCCCUGAGGUGAUCCUCAGCUGGAUGCACUACAACCAGACCGUGGACAUCUGGUCUGUGGGCUGCAUCAUGGCAGAGAUGCUGACGGGGAAAACGCUGUUCCGGGGGAAAGACUACCUGGACCAGCUGACCCAGAUCCUGAAAGUGACCGGGGUGCCAGGUGCAGAGUUUGUGCAGAAGAUGAACGACAAAGCGGCCAAGUCCUAUAUCCAGUCCCUGCCGCAGAGCCCCAAGAAGGACUUCUCCCAGCUGUUUCCGAGCGCCAGCCCCCAGGCCGCGGACCUGCUGGAGAAGAUGCUGGAGCUGGACGUGGACAAGCGCCUGACGGCCUCGCAGGCCCUCGCCCACCCCUUCUUCGAACCUUUCCGGGACCCCGAGGAGGAGACAGAGGCCCAGAAGUUUGAUGACUCCUUAGAACAUGAGAAGCUCACAGUGGAUGAGUGGAAGCAGCACAUCUACAAGGAGAUCGUGAACUUCAGCCCCAUUGCCCGGAAGGACUCGCGACGCCGGAGUGGCAUGAAGCUGCAGUGACUCAUCCGGCCGACCCCUGGCUGAGCCCAGGGACCACCACGGGGCAGCCCCUGCCAGACACUGCCCCCAGGACCAAUAUUAUUUGUCACUACUGAACCCUUCUUGGAUUAUAGCCUUCCAAACAGAGGACAGAAGGCCUUUGUCCUUAUGUAGGAAACAGGCCUAGUAGAUGGAGAAUUCAAAGAUGUUGGUUGGGAGGAAAUAGCUCUGAUCAUCUCCGGCCACAUUAAAUGCCUGUC